UGCCGGGGGGUGGGCGCCCCUUGGCGUGGCGGCCCUGUCACGGGGUGGGCGCCCCUUGGCGUGGGGCAGCCGGCGUGGUGAGGCUGGGGCUGCGUCCCGCGGUUCACCUCGACUUUUCUGUCUAAAGAUCUGAAAUGAAUCAGCCCUGGGGCCCUUUCUUCGUUUGCUGGUUGCGUUAAUGCAUUUUAGGCGCUGUCCGCUGUUGGUUUUGCUGCGGGCGAGAUGGUUGCGUUGAUGCUGUGUGGCAUCUCGGGGAGUGGGGGAAGAGCUGGGGAUUUCCAGCAGAAAUGAGCGGUCGGCAAGGCUUUAGGCACUUCACGAGCACGGACUAAGUAUAUUGGUAGGAUAUUUCUGUUAAAGUUAGCAGCAAUGAAACUGUUGACUGUGAUGACAUUUAAAAUGUCAACUUUAGAUUUCAGACAGUCGAUUGAAAUGAGUAAGGUAGGACGCACGGCUGGUUGUGGGUUUGGGAACACCAGCCCUGCUGCCUGAGCGCCCAGGCCAGCUCCCCACUCACCAUCUGCCCUGUCACUGUACAUAUAGUUGAUGGGCUGGUUUUCAACUGUCAAGGUAUUUUGUACAGCCUGAAAAUUGUAUCGGAGCCUUCACUGCCAUAUCUGCAGCAGCCAAAGGAGAGAUCAUGUGCUUGGGUACCAUUGAACCUGAGCUAUAGCCAGUGUAGUUAGCUGCAUAAAACUUAAUUCAUUUAAAAGGUUGGGAAGGGUGUAAGAGAGAAAACUCACAUGAACAUGAGAAGUGUUUCUCCUCCAUAAGAAGUAUUCUCAGAUGACUGUGGCUAUCUUUAAAAAAAUCUUGGUGAGAAAUAAAUGUUUGGAUUAAGAGUCAGUUGAUAAUUCUUCAAAAUGUCCAAUGGAUGAACAAACCUUUAAGAAGGACAGCUGUGCAGAGACACUGGAAGUCUCUUGUAGCAAUACUCUGAAACAAUUGUGGCAUCUCUUGAGGAAAAAGAAGAAUAGAAAAAUCAACUUUAAAAGGUUAUCUGUCCAGUAUUACUGGUGGUAGCUUUGGGAAUCAAAACAGAAAUACUGAGAAACCCCACUCAGGUACUUACCUUCCUCAUUUAUCUCUGGGUUCUUUAAAAUACCAAGCUCAAUUUCACUUUUUUAGAGUAUGCAGUUAUUGGUGAACUUCACUUGUAAUAUUUUGGUAUUGCACUGUAGCUAGAAUGUUAUCACUCUAGCUAAAUUUAUAUUAUUUUAAAUAAUUCCUGAGCAUAUGUGUUUAUGUACAUUCCCAACAUGUUCAAUCCGUUAUUUUGCCUUUCAUAGCCCCUGUAUUUAUAUAAUUUAUUUCCUUUUUCCUAGGAAUAUGUCUGUAGGUCUUAGGGCAAAAAAAUGAAAAUCCUUUUUCAAACCUAAAGCUAAAUCAUGAAGCAAAUGUCAUCUCACCUGAUAAUGUUUCAUUAACAAUGGGUUAGGCAAGGAGGUAGGAGAGGUAGUGAAGGGAAGAAUAUCUUGGUCAGUACGCUUGGACAAACCGCAGUCUUUCUAAAAGAAGGAAAAGCAAAAUGACAUGUUUUAUAUCAAACUUUUUUAAGGAUCAGUGUAAUUAAUUGUGUCUGUCAGCAGAUUUUCACCAAAGUUUCCUAUGUGUGUCAGGAGCAACUCUUCUAGAUAGGAUGUGUCCUUCGAUGUCUUUGUGGUCUUCCAGAGGAAAAAAACAUCAAAAAAUACCUGAAUCAUUAAUUAAGUAGCUAAUUCAAUAGAAGUGAAAGAUGAGCUUCAAUGUCUUGCUUUUUCAGUCCAUUUGGGUCUAAUAGUCAUUAAACUGUCUAGUGAAAGAUGACGUUUCCCAGUUGUACUGCAUGUCUUCGGACUUUCCCAUGCCUGGUGUCCUGCACCCUUACAGUCCCAGGCUGUCACAUCUGCCAUUUUCCUACCCUUCCUUUGGUAUGCCUUUCCACUUCCGUUCUCCUUCUGCUAGAGGCUUGUAGUCCUUUGGAAAAACACAUAGUAUUUGAGGUUCUUCUGAGAUCCUGCUUCCUUAUAGGCUUCACAGCUCCAAGCUUAUCCCUCUGGUCAAAGAGAGAGGGAUGGAAGUCCCUCUGUAGCCUCCAAAUCUUGCCAUGGGCUGGAGGGUCUGUGGGACAGCGAGGGACAGUGCUCGGUGCCCUCGGCACCUGUGAAGACUCUGCUUCCAGCAGCAUGCUGUGAGCAGAAUCCCUCAGGAGCACCCGUAUGCCUGUCUGAGGGGGGGUCUUGGGGUGUGCUUUGCAGUUUUGCAGUAAAAGGGAAAAUUCAGUUCCAGGGAAAAAAACCAUUAAUCCUUGCAAACGCAGCAACUGUGGUGCUUUGCCCAUCAGAGGAGCGAGCUGUUCAACAAGGAAACUUCACCUUGCUGCCUCGAGGGGCUGACAACUCAUCCGUGAGGUGUACCAUUGUUCCAGGGUUGCUGCCAUGGUACUUAAAGUCUUCUUUCCAUCAUGCUGCUCCUCAGCAGAGAGUGGCAUUUUGAUCGGCCGGUGGAUCUCGGAACAGAACUCUGCUGUUAUCCUUGCUGUGGUCCAUUUCCCUUUUAUUCCUGUCCAGGUGAAGCAGUAUGUCAGUGAAGUCCAACGAGUGACUAAAGUCAAUGUUUCUGUGCUUGGCUCAUGGAGCAACAGCAAACAGGAGAAAGAAGAGAGUCUGAGUGAGUUCUUGGAAGACCUUGGGACAAUAUUCUCCCAUGAGCCGUGGAUUCAGAUAAGCAAAGAGGGGAACAGCAAAUUCUGGAGCUGUUCUACUCUUCAGAAACACUCUAACAACCCUAAGGAGGAAGAAAUCAUCUUAGUGUACUAUGACCAGCGCAAAGUCAUGCUUUCCCAUCUGCAUCCCCCUUUGGACACAGCUGCCUCCACUGACCGCAAGGCAGAUGAUGCUUCAAAGCUCUCUGCCAUCUUUGACACAGUUGCAAAGAGUAAGGUGCUGUUCAUGACAGACAGGUACGAUGAUGGGCCCAUUAAGCUGACCCACUGGCAGUCAGAUGGCGUUGAAGCUAGUAUCAUCGUGGAGCUGUUGAAGCAGGCCUCUGUGCCUGCGUGCAUGCUGCUGACAUUCCUGCUUUCAGUUAUCUCUGGGAUCUGCAGGAGCAGGGUGCUGAAGUUUUGGCCUUUGUCUUUCUUAUGGAGCAAACUCUCAACUUGUGAACAGCUGGGAUAUCGCCUGCAGCACCUGCAGGUCAUCAGCAGCAACAAGAAGGCUCAAAAUGAGUCUCAGCUAAUGAGGAAAGCCAACAUCUUUGUCUCUCUGCUGAUUGAUGUGGCUCUGGGGAUACUGCUGAUGUCCUGGCUGUACAGAAAGAACCGAAUUGGUCACCUUGCUGACACUCUCAUCCCCGUGGCCGAUAAUGUAGCUGAAGAGCUCCAGGACCUGCUCCAGUGGCUAAUGGGAGCGCCAGCUGGACUGAAAAUGAACCGAGCUUUGGAUCAGGUUUUGGGCCGCUUCUUCCUUUACCACAUCCAUCUUUGGAUUAGCUACAUUCACCUGAUGUCCCCUUUCAUUGAGAUGAUCCUUUGGUAUGUCGGUCUGUCAGCUUGUCUGGGCCUGACCAUGGCUCUCUGCAUCCUCUCUGACAUCAUUGCACUUCUGACCUUCCACAUCUACUGCUUCUAUGUCUACGGAGCCAGGCUCUACUGCCUGAAGAUUUAUGGCCUGUCAUCUCUCUGGCGCUUGUUCCGUGGGAAGAAGUGGAACGUCCUCCGGCAGCGGGUGGAUUCCUGCUCCUAUGACUUGGACCAGUUAUUUAUUGGCACUUUGCUGUUUACAAUCCUGCUGUUCCUCCUGCCUACAACUGCGCUGUAUUAUUUGGUGUUUACCCUGCUCCGUUUGCUGGUGGUGAUUGUGCAAGGCCUGAUACACUUGCUAGUUGACCUGAUUGACUCUCUGCCUCUUUAUUCAAUCAUCCUUCGGCUCUGCAGAUCCUACAGGCUCGCAGCUGGUGUGAAGUUCAGAGUCCUUGAGCAGCAGGAUGGAAAACCUCUUCGACUCCUCAUGCAGAUCAACCCUCUGUCAUAUAGCAGUGUGGUACAGACAUACAGGCUGCCAACCUACAGCUGUUACCCUAAGGAUUCCUGGACAUCUCUCUGCAAGAAGCUGUUCCUUGGAGAGCUAAUCUACCCUUGGAAACACAAAGGAGAGAAGCAGGACUAAAGACGGCAAAAGAGCUUGAGAGACGGUCAGGAGAACAUAUUGAAUCCUGAUGCUUUCGGACCAAAGGCAUCUUAGAGCCAGCAGCUGCUAGAUCCCUUUAAUUAGAUUUUGGUAACAUGGGAGCAGCUGAAUUUUUAAAGGCAAGUAUUUUUAAACAUUAUUUUUCAACUUUCCUUUUCCCCUACACUGUGUUUGUGUAAUAUGCAAAUGAUUGUUUUUGAAGCAAAAGGUUAAAUCCAUCAGUGCCUCAUGAAACCAGCAUUUAGUGUAAUCGAGGAAGAACCUCCUGAAUGGUUUGAUGAAAUAUUAUCUCCUUGCAUGUAAGCUCAGAGGGCUGUAUUAAAACAGCCCUUCAGGUGGUUCAAAGCCACAGUGCUGAGGUGCGUUCUGCCAAAGGGUAUUUUGGACCUUUUAUGCUUCAGCCUUCAAAGCAGCUGAUCAAAACCAAGGUGGAGGAUCAGCUUGUAGAGUCAUACACUGAAAAAACUGUACAGCGGGGUUAUCUGGGAUCAUAGGAUGUUUAUUCUUUUCCUUUUGGGUGGGCUUGGAUUCACUGCCGCUGUAGCACCAGAGGAGGUGUUAAGCGUACAAACAGCAGGGCUGGAGGCCCAGAAACACAGACUGUUGUACAUUCGUGCAUAUAGGGUCUCAUCUACAUUUUUUCAAAAGCAAAUAUUGUUUUGGGGAGGGCUGAGCCCAGAGCUGACACGAAAACUGAAGUGCAGAGCGCAUAAGCCUCAGACCCCAGACUGCUCAGCUGCCCAGUGGCAGCUGAGAGCUCUGGGCUGUGCCAGGGCUCAGGGCUCCUUGCUUAGUCGCAGUGUAAGGCAAACGCACCUUUGCUGAGCCCAGCUCUGGCUGCUGGGUCUGCCAAAGUGCUGCAGCAGCCCAGCUUGCUACGCAGCUCAGCCAGCUCAGGGAAGCGUGUGCCGCGCUCCCUUACAGGGUCAGUACAUCGCCCUGGUCUCAGGGCCCAGGUGGGAGCCUCCUCAUGUGGGGCCUCAUCUUUUGCACUUUCUGAUAGUCAAGGAGCUUUAAAAUCUCAUAUCUCAGAUAUGAGGCAUUUAAAGCCAAUUCUGUCCCUGAAACUAUAGACAUGUUUCCCUUAGGAGAGUUUUCUUGCUUUGGAUACUACCUCCACAGUGUAGCAGUGCUCAGUGUGUCAGUGUCCUGGUCUGAGGGUGUGCUCAUACUGGUGUGAGUCUUCUAUUCCCUGUCCCGGGGACAGUGCACAGGAGUGUGAUGUCCCACUGGGUGCUUUGUUGUUGUGUAGACAUUUACAUACAGUUGUUACUCCGAAGUACGCUUUCUCCAGGCCUGCUAGCUCCUCUUGCCCCAGCUGAAACAAUGAUGUCGUGUCAUUGUACCCUGCGCGCCCAAAGUGACUGCAGUAACUGGCAGGUGAGAGGUGUGCUGGAUCCGGGCCCCUCUUCCUCUGCCUGUCCAAGGAAGCGAGGAUGGAGGAGGAAGAGGAGGAGGUGUUGUGGCUGCAGUGCUCGGCCCUUCUCUGGAGGGCUGCCUGUGUAUUCCAGUGGGAGCAGGUGGAGGCAAGGCAAGGAGCCGUGGCCGGGUGCCCUGGGCUUUAGUAGCCUUCAGUCAGCACUUCCACUGGCAGGAUAAGAGUUUCCUACCCCAGCCCUACGUCUCAUCUGUGUACUUGAAGCUGUCAUAGAAGAGAAGGGGAUAUGGCCCCACUGAUUUAAGACAUCCCUGCCAGCUAUAUUUGGGGGUUUUGUAGCUGCUAAAAGCCUCUCAUGGUGCAGCCACUGCCCCUUCAGUGAUAGCUUGAUCAGGAGGAAAUGAAGCUCUGUAGGCAGGUGCUUGUUCCAGAUAAUUCCUGAGCAGGCAAACACAGGAGCUGCCAAGGUCUUACAGUUUUCUUAAGGACAUCAGGAAGGGAGGCAGUAUUACAUGGGCACUGCUACCCAAAGACUAUGUCCUAUGACCUCGAUCCAGGGAAGAAGGGCACAUCGCUGAAGAAAGCCAGCAUGGCAAAAGCCCUGCUCUGCCAUCUGCCACUGCAGGCUCUGGGUAGGACAUCACUGGCUGCUGGAACUGGAGAGAUCUUCAUUCUUCUUUAAUAGUCAGUAUUUAAAACUCAGGUACAAAUACAGUAUUUCCUCUCUUGGAAUAUCAGCGCCCAAGUGUUUCUGUCCACUCCAGCUGUGAACAAUCCAGGUUGUGAUCCGUUUAGUGGAUGAAUGGUCUAAAUAAAAUUUGUGACUUCAGCUUAAGUCAGAGUCGUGGAGACCCAUCCUUACCUGGCACUCAGCAGAGCAGAUUUACACUUUACCUCCCUCUCAUGUUUCCACUGCAGCUACUAAAUGAUAUUCCCCCUGCUUCCUCCCACGCCUGCAUAGUUUGGUUUACUAAAUGCUCUGAGAAACUUUAUUAUUUUUGGUCUUGUGAAAAUAAUGUUCCUAAUAUCCUGGCUUUUAAAAUCUUUCUGUGAGACCAGACAGCUCACGAUGGUCCUAAUCGUGGCUAUCCUUUGGGAUCAAGUGACCCGAAAGCCCCAGAGACAGCACAGAGCCAUAAAAACCAGCAAAUGUGGCCUUCCUAUUGGGAACCUGCCAAACAUAUUAGAUGUUCCAGUCUAGGGUCUGUUUACUAAAGGCUGAUACUGACUCCAGGGAUGGUGAAAUGUCAAACUGAGAAAAAGCUUCUCUUCAAACCCAAGAGCCUGAUUCAUCUGCAACACAGAGGACCUUGAGUAGCCCAGCUGGGAAAUGACAGACUCUUCUGGCUGCAGUUCUCCUGUGCCACGCAGAACUGGUGCCUGAGCUGUCUUACUGUUUCUCAUACUCGGCAUUCUCCUGGCCCAUGAUGGUAUCUGAGCCUAUGAGUUUCUUCUGCUGGAUAUCUGCCAUGUCUCUCCUCUUCCUUUCCAGUCACUGCUGUGAAAUAGUCUUCCCCCACCCUUUUCCGAUUCUGCGCAGAGACAGUACAACAACUUUGCAGACAUCCUGCUCAGGAACAUUUGACCUUAUGUCAUCUCUCUAAUUAGAAGUUGGGAUCAGCAUCAUCUUCCACAGCAGUGCAGACUGUCCUAGCCCAGGCAUUUCCUCAGGGGAGAGGCUGCUGGUGAAGCUAUGGCUCUGCUUUAUCCUCAGAUCCGUAUUAUCCAUAUCAGUCCUUGGAUGAGAAGUAGUUAAAGAUUUCAGAUCUUCUCUGAUUCCUACCACACAUCCCUUAUGGCAGUCAGCAAGCAGUCUUUGGCAGCCAUCAUUCAAAGACUGUAAUCUUGCAGACUUUUUUUUUAAUGCUGCAUUUCCUUAUUAUUAUUUCUUCCACCUUAUGGUUCCCAGUGCUGGCACAACACUCAAUAUGCCUCUUUACAUAGGCAUGGGUUGUGUAAAGGAAAAUGUGAUUCACUAUAUGCAAAACCCAUCCUAGAUAGAAAUUCUGCCUUUGAGAAAUACUUUCCUUUCCUAACCAGAAUAGCAUGUGACAAUGCUGAAAGGAAAUCUCAGUAAUUAUGCUGCACUGAAGGCUCUGGUUAUGGUUUUGGGAGUUUUCCCUGAUCCUGCAGCUGGAUUGUGCCUUGUUCUGCUGGCACAUGUGAAUAUACCGUCAGGCCCACAGAAAGAGUGUUGCCCAUAUGUAUAAUCCAUAUGUUGACUUACACUCUUGGGAGUGUAAGGCAGGAAAAUCUCCUGCUUUGUCAUCAUGCAGAUAAUGAGUUGCUUUCCUUCUGCUCUGUGCUGCCUGAUCCUGCUUCCACAACACCAUCUUCCUGCUGAACUCAAGCCCUUAGUGAUUUACUCCUUGUGCUUGGACCUGGUGAUCACACCAUCACAGAAUCACAAACUGGUGGAGGUUUGAAGGGGCCUCUCUAAGCUCAUCUGGUCCAGCCUUCUGCUCAAGCAGGGCCACCCAAAGCUGGUUGCCCAGAACUAUGUCCAGAUGGUUUUUUAAUAUCUCUAGGGAUGGAGACUCCACCAUCUUGGACAACCUGUGCCAGUGCUUGGCUGCCCUCACAGUAAAAAAGUGUUCCCUGCUCUUCAGACAGAAUUUCAAGUGUUUCAGUUCAUGCCCAUUGUCUCUUGUCCUAUCAUCCUGUUACGCUGAGCUAGAGACACCAUAACUCAAAUCUCGUCAGUGAAUUUGGAGAUUUGCAGUCCCACAUUGUCUCUGUUCUGGAGCAACCCUAUUCAGGGACUGUUCAGCAGCCCCUUUGCUUUUUUGGGGGUGCCUGAGCCCUCUGUGGUUACAGAUGGUUGCCUGCUCAUGGAGUCAGACACCUGACCUGCUGUGUGCCAGCUUUUCUGGACCUGGUGGCAGAGAGCACUUGCUCUCCAGCCAGACUCACUGCCCGCACAGAGUGGAAGCUGCGGGGGAGGCGGAGCAGACACCCCCAAGCUGGCAGUGCAAGGCCGCCUGGCUUGGGGAGCCGCCUUUGUGCGGUGGCUCUGAGGCUUUGCGUGGCUGAUGGGUGGCAGCACCCUGUGAAUACAGAUGGGACGUGUCUGGACCUCAGCUGAUCCAUCCACAUGACGUGAGGCCACGGGGCUUACCAAGCUAGUUCAGGAGCUUUUGGAGUGUAUUCCUCUGUGCAGGAUAAACAUGUUCCGAGCAAUCCAAACCUUACACGGGCAGCUGAUCUGCCUUCCUGGAUGAGAAGAGCGUGCUCAUCACUUUGCAUCUGGCCCACCAUUUUGCGUUGGGACCAGAACAGCUUGCUGCUUGCGAGAGUCCGUCCCCUUCAACUCUCAGCUGGCAGCCCCACAUCCACUACUCAUCCGCAUCUGGGUCUGGACCUCAGACCGAGAAUGCUCAGACUUCAUUGUCUCAGCAAGCUAAAUAGGAGGAGGAUACUGGCGAUGAUGAAUGCUGCAGGUGACAGAAAGUAAACCCUUCAUUUCCAGGCAAGCGAUGAGGCUCAGGAGCAGGGGGCAGUGCUGGGUGUGCUGCUUGCCCGGGUGAAGCAGAGCCAGGGCCCUGCCCUGCUCUCCUUGCAGGGAGAGGCUGCCUGCACAGCUCCUGUCCGCAGUGUUAUUUAAGCAUCUGGCAUUGGGGAAAUUCAUGAGAACUUCACAAUUGUUGUAAUCAAUCCUCUUAUUUAUAAUGUUUUCUGUUUUUAAAUAAAGUAUUAUAAAAGAAUA